GGGACGAAAGGGCCGGAGAAGCGCCGCUCGAGGCGGAGCCCAGGAGGUUGCUAAGCAACUGCGACAAAGGACCGCCGGGAAAGCACAGGCCACGGCCAGGAUGGCUGGCAACGAGGAGAGCAAUGCAUCCCCCUUCAGUGAACAAACAGCAUCCUCAGAAAACUCUCAUUCAAAGAAAUCCCAGAAUUAUGAAGAGGAAAUGUUUUAUAAGAACUGCCGAGCAGCCUAUCUAGCAGUCUUUAAAAGCAGUUUAGAAAACAUUAAAUCAAAAGAGCAGCUGUGUUUGGUACUUCAGCAAGCGGGAAGAAAUCCAUCUCAGAAGACAGUUGAUAAAUAUUGGACUCCCCAGACUUUCACACUUAAUUUUGAUGAUUUUUGUUCCAUCUUAAAACAAGAAGAACCCACCAAGAGUACAGAGCUACUUAAAGCAUUUGCAAAUGCAGAUACAAAUAAUGAUGACUGUCUUCUCCAUAGUGAACUUUCUAGAAUCCUUACAACUAGAGGUGAAAAAAUGACUCUAGAUGAAGUUAAUGCAAUUCUUGAAUUGGCUGAAGUUAACAGUGAUGGCAAGUUUGACUACUACAAGUUUUGUGAAUUGUAUAUGACAGUCAAUGAACAAUGCCUGAAGACUGCACUAGAGAAACUGGAGGCUGACAGUAAACUGAAGUGUCAGCAGUUUGGAAGCCAGCUUGAGAGUUCGUCAGAAAUGACAAGAUCUCCAGUUUCAAAGCCAUUACCAAAAGCUACAAGGAAAACAGAAUCUGGAUCAAUGUUUAAAAAAGGUGUGAGAUGCUCUUCAGUUCCAGGUUACAAAACCUGUGCUUCUACGACUAUCCAUAUGGGUGCCAGCUACAACAAAAAUUCAAGGCUGAUAGAGGCAAAUACAACAAAGGAAUGGCACUUUGUAUACUCCAAAGGAUGCUUCUUCUUGCAGGACAAUGGUGAGAUAAUUAGUCAUAAAUACAAGUUGUCCUUACCCCAGACGUCUACAGUAUGUAUCACCAUUAAGCCUAUAAAGCUUGACCAAAUGGAAGAGAAAUGCUCACCAUGGUUAGCAGUGGACUCAGCUUUAUAUAUAUUUAAGGACAAUGAAACAGAAGACUACUUACAGCUUGUGAGCUUCACUGAGCUACACAAUAAUGAGGUGUUUGGUUGGAAAGGGGAACUUGGUGCCGGAGGCUAUUGGUUAAUCCCUUUUACCACAGGAUGUAGGUUUAAAAAAGUGAAAAAGGAAAUGAGAGGAGAAGCCAAACUCAUACAUAGAGAUGGCAGCAGAAAGUUGGUGCUUACUGAAGAGUUCAGAGCUGUCUUAUCAGAAAUAUUUGAAAUGAUUGAUUUGGAUGGAAAUGGCUUCAUCAGCCUGGAAGAAUACAACUUCUUUGAAAUGAGAACUAGUGGUGAGAAAUGUGAUAAAAACACUUGGGCCAUGUGCAAAGAGAAUUUUGAAAUGAAGAACAAUGAACUCACAAAAGAAGGAUUUAUGGAGCUGAAUCUCAUGGAAGCUAGUGAACAAGAUGGAGAACUUAGUAUCCCCUGGAAAACUUUGCUGUCAAUGGGAUAUAAUAGAGCAAUGGAGUUGGUGGAGGCAUGUCCUUUUUCUAUUCACAUCUAUGCAGAAAAAUGUAAACCCCAAAUUAAGCCAGUUUGUCUGGAAACAGGUGGAGAACAGCUUAAGAAUGCCAUCUGUGUGAGUGUUGUUAAUAAAGGAGAUGCCAAGCCAAUCGAUCACAAUGAAAAUAUAAUUAUCCAUACAUACAAAAGUGAUACACGUAUCACAGCUGUUAUUGAAAACAAGUCUGAAAACAAAGCACUCAUCCACCUCAACAGUGAGCAAAGUAAGAAUUGCAUAAAUAAUAGAGGACUCAAUACUUUUGCUGUUGAAGUGGUACCCAAGUCAAUGAUGGUCUGUCAGCACAUAAUGCCACUGAAUGAUAAAGAAGAAUGGAUAUACAGUUGUAUUUAUUCUGUCCUGACUUAAGUUAUUGUGGUUACAAAGUGGCAUUCUCCUGAUUCAUGAAGAAAGCUUCAGCUUUUUCUCUCCAAUGUGAGGAUGGUUUAAGUUAUCAUUUUUGAAAGAGAAACACUCUUCCUUAUUUCAGAUCUCCUCAUUAAUUGUCAUGAUUCUCAUUACCUUCCAGUUUUUGACAUCACAGAAUAACUGCUUGUUUCUUGCUUUUUUAUGGACAGCUUUGUAUACCAGUAGGUUUAAAGCUUUUUACCCUGGACAUUCAAACAGAAUCAGCUAAAGACUUAAAAACAGAGCAUUAUUAAUUUUGUUUGCAGAAACAUUUGUAUAGUGAAAAUGGAGAAUUCAUUCCAUCAUUGUCAUAUACCAACUGAAAGCAGCCCACACUUUGGCAAAUAGACAACAUUUUAAUAAUAAUAAUAAUCAUCAUCAUCAUCAUCAUCUUUUUUUAUAAUCUGCUUCCAUCUCCCCGAGGGGAUUCAAUGCGGUUCACGUGGGGGCCAAGCCCGAUCAACAGAUAAAACAAUACAACAGCAUAUAUAAUUAAAACAAUAACAGUAACAUAACAUUCAUAAAAUACAUAGCGAGCAUCAGGGCUAAAUGGUGGGGCUGUUAAAACCUAUGAAAUUGAUUAAAACAUAAAAUUAUCAAGCAAAAAGAAACAUUUUUAAAAAUGUGUAAAUGCUGAAGCAUUUGGCACACCUUGUCUGCCAACACACUACUGUAAGAACAAAAACUGUGGAAUCAAGUUAGUGUGUAGGGCAAAGGUGGUAAACAUAUCCAAUAAUGCAGGAUAAACAGGUGCCAAGAUUACAUCCACUGAACCUAUCUUAAUGUCAACACUGAAGCGAUUCUGUCUAUAAAGUAUCUCCAGAUUCUUCACAGUGGGCUAUCAAAUGGCAGUUAUUUGCUUCUUGUGGGCCAGAGUGGAAAUGACACUGCACAGAUGCAGUGGUGACAGAAAAUUGUAAUUUCUUCAUUGCCAUCAUUACCAUGGCAUGGACGUUUCAAUGAGCUCUAGCCCAUGUUUGAUUGAACUUUCUGCUGCCAUAAUACACUUGUUUCAUCACAACUCCCCAGUAAAUUAUAUGUGAGAGGGCAUGUUUAUAAGCAAUUGUGUCCACUGGUGUGGCACUUUCUCUAUUUUAGAGAUUACCUAAGGCUUCAACAUGAUCACUUGUCAAGGCAACAAUGAACUCCCAAGAGCAUCAGUCCUUAAUCAGCCUCCCAACCUGGAAGAUGCUCAGAGUCCCAGCAGGUAGUGAUCAAUCCAAAACAAUAGAAUGUUCUGCCAUACUCAGAUCAACAUGACCAGCACAGAUAAUUGGAUCCAGAGUGUGUCCUACAGCGUGGGUUGCACCAGAAAUGUAUGGCAAACAUGAAGUCCUGAGCUUCUCCUGAGGGAGAUGGCUCUGCGUGGAUGCUGAUGUCUCCCAAUACAACAAACCAUGGGGACUCCAAACACUGCCAUGUUCUCUAUCCAGGAAGUUCUCAUGUUGUCUUUUCCACUGAAGGGACUCAGCAUAUAUCCGAAGGAACUCAUCAUUGACUUUCUCUUCCGAGAGAGCUACCAGUUUGCCCUUGCUGCAGGUGUAAGUUAUGUUUUGUGGUAAGAAGACAAACAUUGCAUAGGCAUCACAGCAGACAACUAUGGGUCCCUCUACCUCUAUCUCUGCAGUUAUUUCUUUUCUCUUCAUUUCUUCUCCACAGCAUUACAUUGCUUCUCUGUUUUCCCCAUGUUCCUUGAAACUUUCUUCCAAGGCAGGUCUGUCAUUCCCAUGAAAUUUAGCAGCAUUGAUUCAAUUGCUCUAGAGCUACCCCAGCAUCACUUACAGGUUAAAUGGGGAACCUGUAUUCCCCAAUAGUCACCAUUGUGCUAUUACCUCUAAGAAAUGUGCAUGCCAGACUUUCCUACUAUGUUCUGUAUAGCUUCUUUGUAAGACUGUUUUGAACGAGCUAGGGAAGACCAAGGUCCUGAGCUGAUUUGAGUAAUGCAGGUCCCUUCUUAAAGGCAAAAAAUCACAUACAGCCUGUCUAACCCCUGCCCUGCCCCAAACCCAUCCCAAAUAAACAACUAGCAGGCUCUGGGUCACAAUUUCCACUUAUGUAAAAGAUCAUCAUGCCUUAUACAAUAUGGGAUGCAAUUUUCUUUGUUCCCACUCUAAUGGGGGAAAUGCCACACUUGGUUGCUCUUCUCCCUAUAAUGCAUUGACAGACAUUACAUUUUCUUUCUUUCUUUCUUUAAAGUUAAAGCACUAAAGCUAUCUUAGUUGAGAGAAAAGAACAUUGCAACUUACCUGUGACCCUUCAGUUUUCAACUCUGCCUGUUCUGCUGAACCUGACAAGCAGGGAGUGAGCUAUGUCUAUUUAAUAAUACUCUUCAGUAAUACUUCAGAGUGGUCAGGGUCUCACAACUUCUGAGUAUUUUUUUUCAGCUUUUCUCUUUUCAAGACCUCUUAGGUGUCAUUCAAGUAAAGCAGAAUGAUAACAUUUGUACAGAGCUAACCUUUUAUCUCCCAAAGAAUGCUUAAAAUACAUCGAUGUGGAAGAAAUCUCAAGUUGUAAUUGCCAGAAUUCUUUAGGGAAAUCUUUGGCAUUUAAAAACUGUAACAUGAGCAUGUGGUUUGAAUGUUUCAAUUUGCAAUGCAAAAUAUUAUUGCUGCAAAAUAAAAUGCAAAUGAAAAGCUAAUCCACCUUUAAUCUGCUGCUAUGAGGGUACUUUGUACAUUGGGCAUUUUACUAAUUCAUUUAAAUAUAUCAGUUUAAAGAAUGGUACUGCUGCUUAUAAUUUAAAUGAGAUAUCAGAUUUAUAUGACCUUGUCUAAGAUAGUGCAAGAAGUCUUAAAAGCUAUAUUUAUCUUGCAGCCAGUCUUGUACUUUGACUUCUUCUACUGUAACAGGAUGCCAGGCAAGCAAAUGUCAGUUCUAAAAUUAAAACCAUGCUUACAGUGCAGAGUCUGUGUAAGUCUAGCUGAAAAAGUUCUUACUGAUGUAUGGUUUUGGUAUAUGUGUAUAUGUAUCUCUGUCUCCAUACAAACACAGUUAAUAUUAAACUAAUUUAACAGUUUUUUACCCUUUCACGCAGCCUAAACUCCCUUCAGCAAGAGUACCUGCAAAGUAGUCUUCUCCCGUAUGAGCUUAUCUAAGAUAUUUGCUUUGUAUCUUUCUGCCAGAUGUUCAUGAUUUAGUAAGGGCAGAUGUGACACUUAGAAUUAGGGACAGCAGGAGUACCAGAAUGUUAUACCUGGGUGUAUCACUACUCUCUUUUUAAGCAGUGGAGAAGAUACUGUUAUUCCCAUGGCAUUUUCAUAAUACUGUUUUAUCUGAAUUUUACUCUGCCCUGGUUUAAAAUAAUUUACAAUGUUAUUUUGUAUUACAGUUAUAGUUUGCUUUUGUUUAUAUCUUUUCUAAACCAUAUUUGUGCUUAUAAAUAUGCAAUAUUUUGGUUA